GUGUUCCAUACAGCAGGCUGUGUUGUAAAAUGGAAUAUGAUAGAGACACAGACGCCAGGCAGACCCCACUCUGCGCCUGUACUUUAAAAGUUCAGAGAACGUGAGAGACACCAGCCGAUGGCCAGCACCCAACAACAGCAAGGGAAAUGUGCAUUGGUCCAAACAUAACAUUUUUCUAAACUGCAAUCAAACAUCAUCGGGAUCUUGCAGCCAAUUGUCCCUUUCUUCAGAUUGGAGUGACACGCCCAGUCCGACGGGAAUGACUCCAUGUGCAUCCUAUGUCAAGGGCCACUGGAAGCCUGUUGAGAGAUGGCCAUGAUGUGCUCACAGCGCCCAGUCUUCUCCUCUGUCCUCCGAGGUCUCCCCUUCACACCCCAAAGACUAGUGCUGCUGCUGCUGCUUUCUGCCUGUAUGGCGGGCAAUGCUUCAGGAACCUGCCCUCCAGUCUGCAUCUGUGCGAGCGACAUCACCACUUGUACCAACAAGAACCUGACCACUGUGCCAAGGACGCUCCACAAAGUUGUGACCAGCCUGGAUGUUAGCUAUAACAGCAUCCGCCUCCUUGACUCUAACUGGGCCCCUGCUAUUUUAGACAGACUGAAAACCCUCAUUCUCAAUCACAACAGCAUUGAUUUCCUCUCCAGAGGGGCCUUUGCUUCUACCCCCCAGCUGAGGUAUCUAGACCUGUCCUCCAACAAGCUGAAAACAUUAGGCAACUCAUCGUUUCGAGGUUUAAACUCUCUGGAGACCCUCCUGCUUUACAAUAAUCAAGUGGCCCAACUUGGCGCUGGAGCUUUCGAAGGUUUGUACAAACUUCGUAAGUUAUAUCUCAGUCAGAACCUGAUCGCCCACUUCCCUUUGCACUUGUAUAAAGGGCAGUCCAGCCUUCCACUGCUCGAACUCUUAGAUCUGUCCUUCAACAAGUUAACUUCUGUGCCAGUCCUCCAGGUAACUGCACUGUCUGUUCAGCUACAGAGCGGUUUGUAUCUGCAUGCAAACCCAUUUAUUUGUGAUUGUUCUUUCUACACUAUGGUCACUUACUGGUAUCACAGGCGGUUUAGGUCUGCAGUGGAUUUUAAAGAUGACUACCGAUGUUAUUUUCAACUUGACUCCACGAGAAGUGUUAGUAUUUUACUGAUCCAUGAUGACCUUUUGAAUUGCUCCAAUAGUACUGUGAACGGCUCCUUUCAUGCUUUAGGGCUGCGAUAUGAGGCUCACUUGGGGGAAAGACUGGUGAUAAACUGCGACAGCAAGAUACUGGAUCCAAAUACAAAUGUUCUCUGGGUCACACCAAGGAAUAAUACAUUGCAGCCAGGCAUUCAAGAUCAGGAUUUGCGGGUAUUAUUGAAUGGAAGCCUUGAGAUUCAACAGGUCCGACCUGAAGAUGCAGGCAUCUACUCUUGUAUAGCAAUUAACAGCAAACGGAUGUUAAACGAAUCAAUCGAGGUAAUGCUGAAGGUGCAUAACUUUACACAAACUGGGCAACGCUUGCAGACCUUUAACACUGCCUUUACCACACUCUCUGCCUGCCUUGCCAGCAUUAUUUUGGUCCUGAUCUAUCUUUAUUUGACACCUUGCCGCUGUUGGUGCAAAUCCAAGCAGAAGCCCAGGAAGCCGAAUGGAAAUAGUGCCCACUCUUCGAUCCUGAGCGCCACUCCCUCCCAUGAAACUGCCGGCGCAGAUCGGAAAGUCAGCGCUUGCAAGCGGGUGGUUUUCCUGGAGCCGGUGAAAGAGCCUCUGAAAGGUCAGAACGGGAAAAUGAGACUGCACCCCGCCAACCAUGCCAUGGCGGAAAAGAUCCUGAGGGGCAAAAGGGGCAAAACUGACAUUGACGCGAUCAGUUCUGCGUUCUCAGAUAAGCUCAUCGUAGCAUAAUCUGAAUAUCAGGGAGAUUGCUACCAAUUAGACACACUGAGAAUCGGCUGGAAUUUCUGAUAAAUCCUGUUUGUGGAAAGCUGAAGGCUGGAUUGAAGGAUAACUUUGCUGCAUUGAAUGUUAAUCGGGCUAUGUCACCUUGGAGAAAAGUUUUACAAAUCCACUCCAUUCUUGGAUCCUUCAUGAGGGUACAAGUACA